GGAGCGAAUUCGCAAUUUUGAUUGUUAUUGUUAAAAAAAAAGAAGCGAAAUAAACAAUAAUAUAUUUUACAAACUCUCCUUAAGAAAGGACACUAUUAAUAGUAAAAAGAUCAUCAAAUCGACAGAAUCAACGCAAAGGACACACGAACAUUACCUUAAGCAAACUCCCUUAAUGGCGAAUAGGGUACUCCACAAUAACAAAACAAGUCUCAAGAGUGAAAAGCAAUAAUAAUAAAACAAUAAUAAAUCUUGGCCACUUAGUGGCCAGAUAUCAUACUAAACAUCAUGUUAAAGCAGUGCCUAAUCAAUGGGAAUUAUAGGCAAUUGCAGGAACAGACCCAAAUGCGUCCGCCCAAAUGUGGAGAAAUCUUUUAUGAGCAAGAGGCGAACAGUUUUCAACUGAUUUGCUGCCUGUGCAACAUGAAACAUUUCGAAUUUGAGGACUUUCAAAGACACAUACGAAAUGUACAUUUUGAUAGACAGGGGAAACCCCUUACAUAUACCAUGACAGCUCUGGCUGAGACAGGGGAGUCCAAGAAACAAAAACAGGAGCCAUUGAGCCUGGAGGAAGAAGUUAUGCAGUAUGAUGCGCAUCAAGAACCGGACGACGACUAUGGACAAGAAAAUAAUGAUGAUGAUGAUGACGACGAAGAUGAUGUGAAACCAUUAAGGGUGCUAGCUUUGAGCCUAAGCAAGUCGUUGGAAGAGCAGCCCAUAAGUGAACCGGAAAUAGAUCAUGAUGAGGACGAUGAAGAGGAAUAUAAUGAUGAUGAUGACGAUGAUGUUGAUUAUGAAGAGGAAAAGCCGUCAGUAUUUAAGAGGCCACAACAAUCAAAAGACUUUAAUUGUGAGCAUUGCUCCCGGAAAUAUACAACCCAAAAAUAUUUGAACAUUCAUUUGAAGAUGAGUCAUCCACAUCCCAAGGCUUUCAAGUGCAGCGAUUGUGAUGCGAUUUUCGAUGUAGACCGUGCCCUGGAUUCGCAUCGUCGGAAAAUGCAUACGGAAUUUUCAUGCAAACUAUGCAACAAGAUCUUCAAGUCAUCUCGGACUCUUCUCCGACAUGUCCAGGGUCAUUCGGGUGUGCGUCAAUUCAAGUGUGACUUUGAGAAUUGUGAGAAAUCGUUUGUCAAUCAACAUAAUCUAACUUCCCAUCGACGUGUCCAUAGCAUGGAAAGGAACUACAUUUGUGAGCUAUGCGGCUAUCGUUCACGAUAUCGAGACGCCUUGGUUGUUCAUCGACGUUCCCAUACCGGCGAGAAACCCUUCAAGUGUCAGUCAUGUGACCGUGCCUUCGCCUCAAGAUCACUGCUCAACGAACAUCAGGCCAUGCAUUCCACCGAGCGUCCGUAUAAGUGCGACAAGUGCGAAGCAUCAUUUUCGCGACCCAAAGCCUUGUACCAUCAUAAGCAUUUACAUUUGGGUAUCAAGAAAUUCAAGUGCAAAAUCUGCGGUAAUGCAUAUGCUCAGGCAGCAGGACUAUCUGCCCAUAUGCGUGGACACAAAUUGCAGGCUGGAGCCAGUACAGGACCAUCCUUAUCGUCCGGACAUGGGCUAACUUCAGAUCCAUUACGUAACAUUAAUAUACCCUUGCAAAGGGUAUUAUAAAAUAGAAGCUCCCGAACACAAGAGACAUCUAUAACAUGUGCAAACUGAACUGCAAUAUAAGCAUUAAAUAUUUGGAAUUUUUGGUAUUUAGGAUUAUCAAUCAAUGAAGUAUUUUAUAAAUUUGUAUAAAGAAAACAUUCAGAAUAAGAAUUUUGUAAAUAUAGAGCAUCUACGAAUUGAAGCAUA